AUGCAUAUCUACCCUACUCCGAUCUCGCAGCCCAUCGGCGGCCUCCUCAGUCUUGCUGCCCGACAACAGGACGAGGAAGGCGUCCACGUGAUUACGCAAACAAUUCGACGGCCGGCCACCACCUUUCUCACAUACGUCACCCUCGGCCCCGGUGACCCCACUCCGGUCCCCGGCGCUGACAUCCCGGAAACACCGGUCGCCGCCACCCCGACUGCGGAGGCGCCACCUCCGAGCCGGGGAAGCGGGUCUCUAUCGAGCGCCCAAAUUGGCGCGAUCUUGGGCGGCAUCGUCGGCGUCGUGACCAUCCUUUUGAUCGUCUGUUAUUGCCUCAUGAAUCGUCCGAAACCAAGACGUUCAUACUCUGGCAUGUACGACGAUGAAACCACGACUUCCUAUUCUGAAUACUCAGUCAAGACGCCACCACCGCGACCACCAGCUCCUGCUUUCUUCCCGUGGAACAGAAGGCCCCCCAAAAGACCUCGUCGAACAUCGAUGCCUUAUCCGGUUUAUCCUCAGACACCAGCCCGGCCACCGUUCACAGUGAAUGAGCAUGAGCCUUGGGUUGUAAAUGAGCACGGUCCGCGGCGGACACAAAAGAAGGGCUGGCAAGAACCUGCUGUGAAAUUCACAGAGAGAAGACCAAAAGUCAAGCUGAACGGUCCUCCACGUGCCGAACGGCCGCAACCUAUGCCGUACUACAGGUGGAGCCACCCUCAGCGCUGA